AUAUUUGACCGGAUGUUCUUCCGGUGUGUAUAGAAUGUGACACAGUCGUCCGCCAUGCCGGUUUGGGCUCGCAGAGAGUGACGUGAGCUAACAAAAUUGUCAAUAACUAACUUUAACCUUCUUUAAAGACGUCGUUUGGCCACAAAAGAAGAGAAAGAGGUCGAGGAGUUUGGAUGUCACCAUGGAGGUUUUGGAGGACAAGUUGAGAAGUUUGUCCAUCGCUCGGCGAAGUCACCCGGAGAAGCCCACUUACCUUCUGGGCAUGGCUCAGCAGCCAGAGGGCGUGUUGGCGGUGUCCUGCUCCAACAUGAGCAUCCACCUGCACAACAAGGAGACGCUGAAGCUGCAGGGCGAGUAUCGCGGCCACGGCGGACCGCUCUGCGCCCUCGCCUUCGCUCACGCCUCCCCUCACCUCCUCUACUCGGCUUCUGCGGACGGGACGGUGCGCGCGUGGGACGCCCGCCUCCCGGGGUCCAAAUCGGCCCAGCUGUUCCGGAGCGACUCGUCCCACAGCUUCUGCAGCUUCGACCUGAGCUGCGGCGACGUGCUGCUGUGCGCCGGCACGGAGCAGGUGGACAAGGCGGACAGCUUCCUGGUCUUCUGGGACGCCAGGAAGCCCGGCGAGUCCCCGCUGGGCGUGUACUCCGAGUCGCACAGCGACGACAUCACACAGGUGCGCUUCCACCCUCGCGACAAGGACCGCAUGGCGUCCUGCGCCACCGACGGCCUCGUCAACGUCUUCGACCUGAGCCGGGGCUCGGAGGACGAGGCGCUGCUGGCGACCUUUAACGGCGACUCCUGCGCCAGCUCGGUGUGCUGGUGCGGCGACGACUACCGCCGGCUGCUGUGCCUCAGCCAGGACGAGGGGCUGCACCUGUGGGAUCUGAGCCGGCUGGACACGGAGCAGCCGCUCGCCGUCUUCAGCUGCCGAGACGUGCGCAGCCUGGCGCCCACGGCCCCCGGGCGCCGCUUGGAUUACACGGUGGGAGGGGCCUGGCUGGAGGACGCCGGCAAGCUGCUGGUGGUGGGGGGCGACAACACCGGCGGCCUCCACCUGAUGGAGUGUGACGACGAGGGACUGCGUCUGCUCAAGAGUCUCCACGGCGGACACGCCUCCACCGUGCGCUGCUUCCUGUGGGACGCGGCGGCGGGGGCCCUGUUCACGGGGGGCGAGGACGCUCAGCUGUUGCUCUGGAAACCAGGAGGGGCGGAGCUGACGUCGGUCAAAAAGGAGUCCAUGAAAAGUUGUUCCGCCUUGAAAGUGAAAUCCAGACCUCACAGGAAACAUUAUUACAACACCAGCGUGCAGCGGUGACAUGUUUCCAUCAGGACCGCAUGCAAGUGGAAAGAAAAUCUCAACUUUACGUAACAGAAGAGCAAAAAGAUCAUACCAGCAUUCUUCCCUGCUUGGCACUCAGCAUCAAAGGUUGGAAUUGGGGGUUAAAUCACCAACAAUUAUUCCCGGGCGCGGCGCCGCUGCUGACCACUGCUCCCCUCACAUCCCAGGGGGUGAGUAAGGGGAUGGGUCAAAUGCAGAUGACAAAUUUCAUCACACCUAGUGUGUGUGUGACAAUCAUUGGUACUUUAACUUAACUUUAACUUUACACAUACAAACUGUAGCACACAAAAAAGCACAUUUAAUAAAAAAAACGUUAUUAUGGUCUUACCUUUACUUAUAAGUGCGGGAACAGUGGUGUUCGGGUUGGAGGAGUUGUGAAUGAAUGAAAUAUGAAAUCCGUGCUGCAGUGUGCAGGUGUACCUAAUGUUGUGUCCCUGCAGUCGUUCACGGCUCCUCCAGCGCGAGCAAUGUUGUUUUUGCACUUUUUGGCUUCUUGUUAAGUGACUUUUUUUGGGUGGAUUCGG